AUGGGGAAGCGGAAAUACAACUCGGGGACCUGUGUAGAUAAAGUCUGGGUUGUUGGCGGUGUGGAAAGGACGGAGGAGAGACGCGUUUUCGCUGUUCCUGUUGAAAAACGGGACAGUGAAACGCUUCUUGACGUCAUCAAGAAGCACGUCGCCCCAGGCUCGAUCAUUCACACUGAUCUUUGGCGAGGGUACAAUGGAAUUGAGAAACAAUUGGGAUCUAAUAACUGGUAUUCACACAAAUACCAUAGAGAGAACAUGGAACGGUUACAAACUGCUGAUUCCUUCUCGAGGAAGAACGAAGAAAGGAAUGGAGAAGCGACUGUGGGAGUUUGCCUGGUGCCGAGCAAAUAA